UGCGAGUCAGCGCGCGCGCCGCGUCAGUCGGCAAUCCGCCCGGGCGGGCGCCACACCACACGACCGGAAUCUGCGCAAGCGACUAGCGGCGAACAAAAAUAAAUUUCAGUGAAAUAACACGAACCUAACGCCGUGUUGCAAGCGAGCGCAUGAUUCUGUGAAGAAAUACGAGUAAAGUGAACGAGUAUCGAGUGCGGAGCUACACGCGACAGCACUGCGAAAGAGCGAUUAGGGUUCAAAUAACCCGUUCGACGAAACGAUUCGAGGUAGAGCCGUCCGCGGCCCCUCGAAAUAAAGCAUCGCUCCGUGACUGUCAGCCACGAACCGAUCCAGCACUGCUCUUGCAUUAGUCGUAUUAAAAAAAAAACGAACAAAAAUCGAAAACACUCUCUAUCCGUGGCCACGAUAGAGAGAAAUAUAUUAAUGUACAUUUAUAUAUGCAUAUAUAAAUUGGAGAAUCGUGAUCUCUAAACGUGACGUCACAAUAAAACAUUGUGAUCAAAUUAACUUUUAAUAUUAUUAAUAAAAAAAAACUUUGUUGUUUACUCGCAUUUUUCGUGUAUUGCCCGCUGUAGUAAAUUAGAACAAGCUUUGUAGGUAUUUUUCGAAAAUAUUGUAAAUAAUAAUAAUAUUAUAACCAAAACAAGUGUGACAUUGCGUAAAAGUAACUUUAUAACUAGUCAUUCAUCUAGUGUAUUUAUUUCGAUGUAAACAACUCUAAAUAUCGUCAAUAAGUGUAAAGAACUAAAAACUAUAAAAAUACAGCUUCUCUAAGCCAUAUUAUAACUGUUUCAAUAAUUAUUGCUAAAGAAAAACAUAAAAAAAGAAACACUGAAUACCAGAGCGCACUAAUUAAAAUUACCAAAGAGAAUUUAAUCACGCGAACGCAUCGAUUAUUCCGUCCAAAUUAGAACGUCGUCGACAAAAAAGGCGGGAAAGCGCCACAGACUGCGCGAAAAGAUAAAUUAAAAAGUUAGUGCUUAGUGUUGGGACGCGCGAGUUCUGAAUCAGUAAAAUCAGAAAACCGGUAAUCAGUGACGAUGCAGGCUCAAAUGGGGGUUGGUAACGAGUUGCAGCGGAGCUACAGGAUGCAGGACUUCGCGUCUCCUGGAGUCAUCAUGCGCGAGCGCAGCUUUGUGCGCCCGCAGUCUCACCACAACAUGCAUCAUAACCAGUUUCCGAACAAUGGGAAGCGGCGGAGUAUGAUCCUAACCAACGCAAAAGGAAAACCUACACUCGAAAUCUACAGACCACCAGGUGUACGCACAGACGGAGUGGCGACCACGGCGACGGGGCCCACGGCGACCACGCCGUCAUCUAACAAGCUGAACGUGCACGCCAAGGAGUUCACCAUGGCCAAACCAGCUGAUCUGCACAAUAGGCCAGCACUAGGCCUGGGCUACGCGAGCGUAGGGCUCCAGCACUCGCGGUCGGCCGUGCUGCACGCGCAGGUGCCGCCGCACUACCGCCCCGUGAUGCCGGCCAACUCCAUGCUGCUUAACAGCACCUCCAGCGGGAACGUGCCGCAAGCGGUGAGUCCUAAAUCGGGUCCCAGGGUGCACUUCAAACUACAGCCACAGCAAGCGAUCAUCCCUGAGAAGAAGAAGUCGCCGCCAUCUUCCCUGACCAAUGGCAACGGGAAGAGCAUCCGACCGCAAUCGUUCACGCCAGGGUUGAAGCGAUCCAAAUCGCUGACGUCGGCAGACACCCUGGCUAGCGGCAUGGCGGCGCUCGGACUCGCGGCUGAUGCAGGCGACCUCGGCAGCUUCCCCCAAGAGAUACAGGAGUGCAUCGAUAAGGCGCUUGAAGAUCCAAACUCAGUAAGCGCCCGCACGCUGAUGGAUGCGGUGGGCCACCUGGUGUCGCGCGCGGUGGAGUCCCCGCGGUACGCGCUGCCGGCGGCGCGGCGCUGCAUCGCCGUCGUGGAGCGCGAGCAGACCGAGACCUUCCUCGAGUCGCUGCUCAACACGUGCCAGCAGUGGUACCACGACCGAGAGAAGCUUCUGGGCGCAGUAGUGGGCGGCGGGCGGCCGCGGCUGAUGGCAUUCCUGUCGUUCCUGCUGGAGAUGUACUGCCAGCUGCGGCGCCGCGCCAUACAGCGGCGCGCGGCGUCCGCGCAGCCGGGCCAGGUGCUGCUGACGCUCAUCUGCAAGUGCUGCGAGGACUGCAUCCGCCAGGCUGUGCCGUCACCCAGCGACACGGAGAACCUGUUCUUCGUGCUGACCUACAUCGGCCGGGACCUGGAGCAACAGUUGCCAGGCGACCUGGAGCGCCUCCUGACUGCCGUCCGCGACGCCUUCCUCAACACGGCGGCUGCGCCCUCCAUCCGCCGCACGCUGCUGCAGCUCAUAGAGCUACACGCCUCUCGCUGGCAGCUACCUGGAUGUGCCGUUCUGUACUACUACCCUUCAUCUAAAUAGUAAGCCUAUCUAGCUCUUGUCUUAAUAAGUCAUAAGCCAAGGUUGAAAGUGGUAGGAGAGUAAGGUCUGAUCGUUGUAGAGAUAGCUUUUCGCGUUCUUUUACUGUUCCUCGCCUAAAGAGUAAGGCAAAUGAGGGGUUUAGGUCAAGAUCCAAGGAUUUAGAGCAGGAAAACAAGGUAUGAGGAUUAUAUCAGCUCAUAGCUACGUGCCUCACGCUGGCAACAAGGCAGUUGCGUUGUUCUACUAAAGUACGACCUUUUCAUAGAUCACAUUAGACAGCAUCGGAUUCAUAAUAAAUGGAAGCCAGCAAGAAAAAUUAAACCUUAAAACUAUUAGGUUAAGGAAACGUCAAAUGUGGUCUAUUUCAUUGGCCCUACUUCACUAGCCUAUUCUUGUCUUAAGCCUAUGUGGUUAAGCCUAAAAAUUUAAGUGGUAGGAUAUUAGAGGAUGAAUUUCGGCAGUGUUAACCUACCUACUUUAAUGCGGAUUUUUAUACCACGAUGGCGAUAGAGAGAUGUAUGCGGUAAAUGUAUUAGGUCCGUCAUACCUUGAUUCCUGCCACAAAAUCGUACAGAACGUAAACUUACACGUCAAGCCACAGACACAGUUGAUUAAGACUCCUGCAGUGCUGCAAAAUCUGCGAGUGGAGAAAGUUCUGAACGACCGUUGCUUAGCGGCUCGAUUGCGAAGUAGAAUCUAACGAAUAGUCGAGCGAUUAGUUGUCGGACGGUUGAUAGAAAUAAUAUGUCAUGGGCAGCUUGUCUUCGUAUGCAGCUAUUGCGUGAAGGGUAUCCGUAAUUCUAGGUAUUCUGUAGAUAACUAGUUUACAAAGUAUACAAGCAUUUCGAGUGUUUGGAAUUUGGUCUUCAUAGUUUGCGUUAGUUGUUUCAUAAUCGUAUCUCUUAUGCAUAUUUAUAGGCAUGAUGCUGCCAUAAGCUCAUUAUUGUGCCUGUAUCGUUAUUAGAACAUUACACCAAUGUGAAGGUCUGAAAUAUUGAUCAUUUGAUUAGGUGGUCCUAGUUCAAGGCAUCUUGUUGUGGACUUGAACAGUGAGAAUGUAAGUGUAAACUAAAGUAAGGUUUUAGUAAAAUUUAGCCUAAGGUGGUUUUAGUAGAGGAGCGAUAUAUGCCUUAAAAGUAUUAAAAGAGUACGUGUAAAAUAAGUAGUUUAGACAAAAUUAUCGAUGUACAUUACUAUACGAUGGUCUUCGCAUAGUAUUUCGUGCAUCGCAUGUUUUGUCGACUUUUUAUCUAACUUUUGCCAUCUCGGUACAGUAGGCUCUAAUGUUUUGCUUAUUGUAUAAGUUUACGCAUUCAGACGCACUAUGUGAGUGCAAGAGUCGAAAUCAGAAGUUUAUGGCAACGUCCAAUCAACUGUAUAAUGAUUUUAUCGAGUGCACACAUAAAGUCCAUCUGAUAGCAACCCUAAUUUAAGUUUGCCUUAAUUUAUAAAGAACAACGCUUAUGUCAAAGCAUAAUUGUUUUAGAAUUACUGCACUCUGGAAUUUAGUAAUUCAUUUAAAUUAUGUUUAAUCUCAUCUAUCGUAAACUUUAAUAUCAAUAAUCUUCAUCACCUAUUGAGCGGUUUGACUGAAGUUCGUGAGAACUGUUUCAAUGUUAUUGCUUGUGAUAUUAUUUUAAAUUUAAGUUUAUUUAGUAUCUGAAUCUUCUCUGUCCUAACCAAAGACUGUACUGACGUGGAGAUUUCAAUAAUUUAUUAACAAGUUUGUAACCACUCGAAAGUUGUUGAAGCUGGACCAAAUUGUUUCGUUCGUCGUCUCUGGCGCAGCUCGGCUGACGUAAGAGGCUGGGCGAUGUUAUCAGUGAAUGUUUUCUGUUGUAAAUUCAUAUAAUUUAGUUAUAGACUGUUGUGUGAUCGCUACUUUAUUAUUAUUAUUAUCAAAUCUUAUACCUUUUAACAUAGAUGAAUAAACUAUACUUAAUACAGAAAAAAAAUAUAAAAAGACCAUAAAAUUCGUUAUUACUUAUUCACAAUGCAUUCAUAGCGAUGUAAGGUAAUGGUAUGUUUUUAGAAAAAAAUCUAGACAAAACAACAAAAAAAUGGUGCUAACAAAAUAUUGGUGUAUUAUAUAGUUACUCGGCUGCGGGCAAUUACUUCUCGUUACCGCUAUAAUUUUGUACCUACGUAAACCAAUAAACUUAAAUAUGUAAA